UGCAUUUCUGCAAUCAAUACGGAAGAUAUAUAGAAUUAGAGAGUUUGAUACAGAAAGGAAAGAUGUGGCUAUUCAGUAGAAAAGGAGAUUCUGGGUUUUCAUCAUCUUCCACAGCAGAAGAAGUUACUCUUGGAAUCCAUGGUGAUGGUCUCACUGCAAUUGUCACAGGUGCAUCAAGCGGUAUAGGUGCUGAGACUGCUCGUGUUCUUGCAUUGCGUGGUGUGCAUGUGAUAAUGGGAGUGAUUGAUAUGAUGGAUGCUUACAAUGUUAAGGAUUCAAUACUUAAGCAAUUUCCCACUGCUAAAGUUGAUGUCAUGAAGUUGGAUCUAAGUUCAAUGGCAUCUGUUCAUCAUUUUGCUGAUGAAUUUAAUUCAACUUCUCUUCCAUUGAAUAUUUUGAUAAAUAAUGCAGGGAUUUGUGCAUGCCCUUUCAUGCUAUCGAAGGAUAACAUUGAACUUCAAUUUGCUAUAAAUUAUUUAGGUCAUUUUCUUCUAACAAAUCUGUUGNUGGAAAAUAUGAAGAAAACAGCAAGAGAAAGUAAGAUACAAGGAAGAAUUNUUAAUGUCUCCUCCAUNGGUCAUAGAUUUACUUAUCCUNACGGAAUCCUUUUUGACAAACUUAACGAUCCAUCAAGUUACAGCAGUUGGCGUGCCUAUGGACAAUCAAAGCUUGCUAAUAUUUUACAUGCCAAUGAACUUGCAAGACGUCUCAAGGAAGAUGGAGUGGAUAUUACUGCUAAUUCUCUUCAUCCAGGAGCCACUGUCACCAAUAUUUACCUUCAGAGUCCUCUACUCACAGGUGUGUGGAAUCUGAUAAGGCCGUUUGUAAUACAUAUUCUAGCUGGAAAUGUGGUGAAAAAUGUGCAGCAGGGAGCUUCGACAACAUGCUAUGCAGCAUUACACCCAGAAGUAAAUGGAAUCAGUGGCAAGUAUUUUGUGGAUAAUAAUGUUUCAGAAGCAUGCUCGCAUGGAAGGGACAUGGAUUUGGCAAAGAAACUGUGGGAUUUUAGCAUAAACUUGACCAAGCAAAAUACAAGGUUACAAUGAUCAAUUUAGAUGUGGAAUAAAAAUCUCAACAAUAUAUGUAUGCUGGUUCUAUCUUUUGGGUGGUAUUUUUCAAGCUUAAAAUUUGUUUUUUAUUAUAA